AACAGGAGCUGGUUUGUUAAUGCAUUUUUGUGGCCCCUGAAAUAAGAACUGGGUUCUUGUUCUAGUGUUUGUGUUUUUGUCCUGGGAAAAGAACGAUGGGGUUGUCCAACUUUCCUAGUGCAUCCCAAGGUAUACUCCAAGUGCUGGUGCUGAACACGGUUCUAUCAGUGGCUUUGUUGAAGAACAUGGUGAGAUCUUUGCUGCAAGUGAUGGCUGCAACCUGGAACACUACUUCCAAUUUUGAUAUCAACCACUCGGAUGAGUUACCGGACGAGUCCAGCAAUGCGAGGGAGAGAAGGGUAUCCAUAACUCGAUUCAAAUCCUUGUACCACCACGGGCAAUACUACUCCGCCGCCGCUGACGGCGGAUGUUGCGUGUGUUUAUGCGGGUUCCAAGCUGACGAGGAGGUGAGUGAGUUGUCUUGCAAGCAUUUCUUCCACAAAGGUUGCUUGGAUAAAUGGUUCAACAACAUGCAUAGCACCUGCCCUCUUUGCCGAGCUGUUAAGUAGAGAGAUUCGGCUUAUUCAGAUCAGACCUACUUUUUUCUUUUCUCUUUUACUCCCUUCUUGGUUCAUUUUUGAGCAUACAAGAUUGUCCUUUUUUUCUUUU